GUCAUGUGAUCAGCUGUGUCCAAUCACAACUGAUCACAUGUACACUGAUCAUCAGAGCACUGAUGAUCAGUGUGCCCUGAUGAUCAGUGUAGCCCCAGCAGUGCCACCUGUCAGUGUCCAUCAGUGCCAGUUGUCAGUGCUUAUCAGUGCCACGUGCCAGUGCCCAUCAGUGCCACAUCAAUGCCACAUAUCAGUGCCUACCAGUGCACAUCAAUGUCACAUAUCAGUGCCCAUCUGAGCUGCCUUUCAGUGCCAGUCAGUGCCACCUAUGAAUGCCAAUCAGUGCCACCUCUCAGUGCUUCCAAUCAGUGCCACCUAUCAGUGCCAGUCAGUGUCGCCUAUCAGUGCACAUCAGUGCCGCCUAUCAGUGCCAGUCAGUACCGCCUAUCAGUGCCAUAUAUCAGUGCUGCCUUUCAGUGCCCAUCAGUGAUGCCUGUCAAUGCCCAUCAG